GCGGCGAUGCGGCGCGGCAAGCCUCCUGCGGCGGCGAUGCACUCCCAUGGCGGAUCGAAGCGGAAGCGGGCGGAUGAGGAUGCGGACCAACCGGAUGCAGGAUCGCUGAGAGCCGAGACGGAGGCGAGGUGCAGGGCGGGGAAGGGUUCUGCUUCUGCAAUGGCGCCGCCGCUGCUCGGCGCUUCGUGCUCGAAGAAGCGGCGGGCCGGCGGGUUGGCGGAGGAAGGCCAAGGCGAGGUGGCGGCGGCUGAGGAGGAGGAGGAUCGCAUCUCGGCGCUGCCCGAGGAUCUGCGGCUGCGCAUCCUGGCCCUGCUCCCCCUCAACUCCGCCAUCCGCACGCGCGCUCUCCUCGCCGUGGCGGGCGCUCUGGGCGCGCCGCUGCCCCGCGCCGCCCUCCCUCGACCUCCACCACCGCCCCAGCGACGACCCGGACCGGCUGCUCGAGUCGCUCGAGCGCCGCGGCCGGCGACGCCUCGACCGCUUCGCCCUCACCCUCCACUUCGGCGAUUACGGAUCUCCCAAGCCUCAUCGCUACCUCGGCAACAAGGACAUCCACCGCUGCCUCGACUACGCCGCCGCCUGUGACGUCGAGGACCUCCACAUCGACAUAGCCGAUCAUUUCUUGAGCAUGGGCUCCAUGCUGAGCUUCCCGUCGGGGUUCUCCCGCCUCGUGCGUCUCUCCCUCCUCCGUGUCGGCACUGUUUCCUUCGGCUACUCCUUCGGCUCCGACGCCUUCCCCGCGCUCGAGAUUAUCCACCUCCACUACGCCCAUUCGGUUGAGCUCAACCGCCUUCUCUCGGCGAGCCCCCGCCUUCGAACACUUGACUUGCGCUACUGCGAGUUCAUCGAUGAUCAGGGCGCCAUCGACGUCUCGCCCGCGCGGGGUCACCUGUGGAGCCUCACCAUCGCGGAGUGCAAUUACAUCACCGACAUCCACGCCGGCAGGGCCUCCGGCCUCCCCUCCUUCCGCCUCAGCAGUGCCUUACUCCCCACCUACGACAUCCCGUCCACUGCGCCGCUUGAAGACCUUUACAUCUGCCUACGGGGGCAUAACUACAACCCUAUCAAACAAUGGAUUAAGGAGCUUCCCCACCUCACUAACCUUACGGUCCUCACCAUCUGCAGCAUCGCCCUCCGGAGACUUUAUGCGUUGACUCGUUUCGGCUCAGCUACUUGUUUGGCCAACUUCAGAAGCUUGCCAAGCUUAAGAGAGCCUGCAGCUGCUCAUGUUUGCAAUGGCCAGCACCAAUCUCGCGCAUAUCUACAUGUUCCUCAAGACGUGCCAGUGUCCCCAGCUGGAGAGGCUCUUUGUGCAGCUCCCAACAAGCAGCCGUGAUACUUCCGUGGGAAAUUCCUCGAAGGUAGCACGGAAAGAUGAGCCAGCUGGAGUUUUUGAUGAAGAUGAGCCAGAUGAAGAGCUAUCUGAGGAAGACGAGACAGAUGGCGGCCUAUCUGAGGAAGACGAGACUGAGAAAGAAUUAUUGGAAGAAGAACGAGUACAAGAAUAUAUGCUAAAGGAAAGGCUAUACUACGAGGAUGUGUAUUAUGAGGAAGACACUCUUGAUGAAAAUGUGCCGCAGGAAGAGCAAUCUGAGGAAGAUGUGCCAGGGUAUGGCUUAAAUAACCUUAUGACUGCCAAGAUGAUGAAAUUCAAGGGCCACUACUUUGAGAUGCGACUAGUAAGCUUUUUGUUGAGGAAGGCUCCUGUUCUGAAGAAACUGCUAUUGGUCGCUCCCAAGGGACACAUAAAAGCACUAGGAAAAGGCACAUUCAAUAUAUCACAUUUUAUAGAGCCAAAAUUGUUGCGUUCCAGGAAAGCUUCACCAGAUGCUCAGGUAAUUCUAAGUGAAACAGAUUUUGCUGAAAACCAACCUGUCCAUUCAGAUGUGUUUGCCAGUUUUUAGUUUUCUGUCAAUUAAAGUAUACCAGGUCACAGUUAAAAGUUUGUCCAGUGGGGUGUAACAUCAUUGCAAAUGAACUGGAUAUGUUGCUAGCUUGUUAUUUAUGUUUUUCCUUGAAAUUAGUACUGAGCAUGUUUUGUCAAUGCAAGUAUGAUCCUUUGGGUCAUCAACGUAUGAAAUACAGAACAAGAAAUCCAGUGUCGUGUGGACUGCAGGCACAAUAUUCUUGUGGCAGUAUGGCACACCUAAACAUCUUGUUUUGCUCCUUAAGCCUAUCAUUUUUCCGUAUUCUUUAACUAGUCACCUUUGUUUUUCUGUUGCAAAAACUCUCUGUUCUUUGAAUGGCUAUCUAUAUUUGUUUAAAUUUCUUAGUGUACAUUGUCCUUGUUUUUGCUAAGAGCAGACUGAUCAGAAUUCAGUACAGCAAUUGGACAAGAAAAGUCCCAUAAAGUUGCUUCAUUUGGAAUGCAUGAAUUUUCACCUGACUCCCACAGGAAUUGAAUAUUUACUCUAAAGUUCGUGCAUUUGGAGGAAGGAAAAUUCUAGUAUGUUAUCUCAAUCUCCAUUCUUUUAUGUUUGGACGACUCAGUCUGCAUUCAGAGCAGCAAUUCUUUAGUAGUUUGGCAACAACUGUCGUGAUGUUAUAAAGCCUUUAGCUUGCCAUUAUAUGCUCUGCAAUUUGUUCGAGGGAAAGAAAAACUAUGCUCUGCAAUUAACUGUACAGACGUUAUUAUACUGAAAAUUCAGCCUAGUUCUGAUCAUUCCUGAAUGUGUAACACUGUAAAUUCAAGUAGCAUAAGUUUUUGUUUCUCUUGUGCUUCAUGUACUCGUGGAACAGAUUCUCGUACAAAUCCGGGACAUAGAUUCCCUUUUGCACCUCUAAUCGUGCCUCUUCAGUCUGGUGCAAGCAGCUUGGGGAGUCUGAAGGCAAUCUGAAGCUUUACUAGUCAGCAGCCCAUCUGAAAAUGGAUUUUGCCAAAGCGUCCAUGAAGGAAACAUUUCUGCAUUUCGGGAGCUGAGAGCACAAAUCACUAAUGUAAUCAUCAAACAUAGACUGAGAUGUGAGCACAUGCAGGAAUAAGACAGAGUUGGUAGUGAGUAAUGCACUUCACAAAGGGUGUAGCAAGUGGCACAGAUCCUGAAGAAUCCAUUGAUGUCAGAGGUUGGCGGUUCACUUGAAGAAACGAUCACAAACCGGAGAACGUUGCUCCAUAUGGUUAGAACUGUGAGAGGUUGGAGAGACAAUGUUUCUGUAUUAUUAUUUUUUCAUUAAACGAGCAUACAAUACAAAAAUAAAUGGCAAAUAGAGAAAGGGCCUAGAGGAAGCAGAAGCACGCCAAUCUCAGUACUGGGCCAGGCCGAAAUUAACACGCGCCCGGCAGCUUGAUGGGCCAGAUGGGCCUCUAGGGCUCUCUCUCCACGGAUCUCCAGCCUGUUGCAGCACCGAACGGUAGCAGCAAGAAGCUUGGAGUGGGAAAGGGGGAGCUGGUGGGCGGCGGCGCAGUAGAAGCCGGCGGGCGCGAGACGAGCACCAUCCGGUGGCCGGAUGUGCUGGUCGAGAGUGGAGGAGAGGCGAGAAGGAAACGAGGAGUCGGGCGGCGAAUAGCUCGCGCAAUGGCGCAGUUGCUUGGCGCGUCCAGCUCGAAGAAGCGGCGGCCGGGUGAGGAAGGGGAAGGAUUCGAAGUGGCGGCGGCGGCGGCGGCUCAGGAGGAGGAAGACCGCAUAUCGGCGCUGCCGGAGGAUCUGCGGCUGCGGAUCCUGGCCCUGCUCCUCUCAAGCCGGCCAUCCGCACGGGGGCGCUCUCCACGCGGUGGCCCGCGCUCUGGGCGCGCCGCUGGCCCGCGCCGUCCUCCCUCGACCUCCACCUCCGCCCCGGCGACGACCCGGAGGAGCUGCUCCGGUCGCUCGAGUGCCGCGGGCGGCGCCGCCUCGACCGCUUCUCCCUCACCAUCCACCCGUACAGGAGCCCCCUACUACCCCGCGUCACGGACCCCCAACGCUUCCUCCACUACGCCGUCGCCUGCGGCGUCGAGGACCUCCACAUCGACGCCGCCGAUCACUUCGUGAGCUCAGUCUCCACUUUCACCUUCCCGCCGGAUUGUUCGCGCCUCGCGCGUCUCUUCGUCCGGCACGCUGGCGGGCUUUCCUCCGGCUCCUGCUUCUCCCACUGCUCCGACGCCUUCCCCACCCUCGAGGUCGUCCACCUCCACUUGCUCGGCUCGGUUGACAUCAGCAAACUUCUUUACAUCCGAAGACCCUUUACAUCCGCCGCUGCAACUGCGAGGGGGUCAUCAACCUCAAGCCGCACCUGAGGAGCCUCACCGUCGCGGACUGCAAUCUAACCACCCAGCUCGACGCCAGUACGGCCUCCGGUGUCCGCUCCUUCCGCCUCAGCAGUGCCCGGGACCCCACCUACAGCAUCGCGGCCACCGCGCCGCUUGAAGACCUACAUCAGCCUAAGGGGCCAAAACUGCAAUCCUAUCAAACACCGGAUUCAGGCACUUCCUGGCCUCGCCAACCUCAGGGUGCUCACCAUCUGCAGCAUUGCCCUCCAGAGAGUUUAUGCGUUGGAUCGUUUUGGAUCAGCUACUUGUUUGACCAAGUUGAGUUAUCUGCCGAGCUUAAGAGAGUUGCAGCUCGUAAUGCUUGAAAUGGACUACACCAAUUUAGCACAUAUGUAUGCAUUCUUCCGGUGCUGCCAGUGUCCCCAGCUGGAGAGGCUCUUUGUGCAGCUCCCAUCAAGCAGCCAUGAUAUCUCCGUGGACAUUUCCUUGGAGGUGUCAGAGGAAGAUGAGCCGGAUGAAGAGCUAUAUGAGGACGAUGAUCCAGAUGGAGAGGAAGAUGAACCAGUUGAAGAGCUAUCUGAGGGAUAUGAGGCUGAGGAAGAAUUAUUAUUAGAACAACUUUCAGAAGAAUAUAUGCUUAAGGAAAGGCUGUACUAUGAAGAUGUCUAUGAGGAAGAUCUUCCUGAAGAAAAUGUGCCAGAGGAUGAGCAAUUUGAGGAGGAUGUUCCAGAGGGUGAGCACUCUGAGGAAGAUGUGCCAGAGGGUGAGCAAUCUGAGGAUGAUGUACCAUUAUAUGGUUUAAAUAACCUUAUAUUUGCAAAGUUGAUGAAGUUCAAGGGCCAUUACUUUGAGAUGCGACUAGUAAGCUUUCUGUUGAGGAGGGCCACUGGUCUGCAGAAACUGCUAUUGGUACCUCCUGUGGGUGUGGGGAAUUACAUGGAAGCACUUGAAGAACCAUUGGAUACAUCCCGUUUUCUAGAUACGAUACUGGAUUUCGAAAAAGCUUCACCAGAUGCUCAGAUAGUUCUGAGUGACUCUGAUCCUACCGCAAUUCAGCAAGUGCAUUCUGAUGUGUCUUAGUUUGCCAUCAGUUGAUGAGAUCACAAGUAAGAACUUGUCUAGUGGGAUAUAAAUCCUAAAUCAUAUGGUGAUGCUGGCGACUAUUUUGUGUGUAUUCCCUCGAAAAUAGUACUUAAAGUAUGAUUUGUCAAUGUAAUAUGAUCAUUUUGGCCGUUUAUGAAUUGUGGAACGUGAAAGCCAAAUAUUUGGUUGGAGACUGUCCAUAGGCCAUGAAGGACCAUGGAGUUGUAUCCCCUAUGCAUUUUGUUCUAGAAGAAAGUUGGUUAUCUGUGUGUUUUCA